AUGGAAAUGAAGCCAGACUCUGAAAAUAAAAAUUAUGAUCGGAGUACAGAAACACUGGAUAAUCAUGUAGAUAUGGUUGUUAAAGCUGUUUCAAGUUGUGGUAAUGAUGAGAGUAGUUUGGAAAAUCCGCAUCAACCAUUGUCAUUAUCAUCGUCAUCAUCAUCAUCGUUACCGCCCUCAACGUCAGCUGUAUUACCUGACGCAUCAUCAGCAAGUUGUCUAGUUAAUCAUCAGAAUUCAGCGAACGAAAACAGAUGUGUAAAAAAAACGUCACAAUCUACUCAGUCGAGUGAAAGUUUUUCAAACACUCACGAUGAAGUUGAUAAUCAUAGUGUGACAAGUAUUAAUCAUCAAAAUGGCCAUUCGCCGAAUUUAUCAGUAGAUGAUAAUUAUAAUUCAGAAGUAUGCAAUGAAGAUGCAGACUCUGAAAAUAAUGAAUCAAAUAAUGUAAUUAAAAAAAAAUCAUUUGUAGAAAAUGUAUUCGAAAAUUCCACUUCAUUUUCGAGUAAUAAUUUAGAAUCAAAUUCUGUUCAUGUAAUCACAACUGCCGAGCCGAUUCGUAAAAAUAUGAUAAGAAAAAAGGAAUUUCUAAAAAGUAAUCGUCGAACGGGUAGUGAAGAUUCAUCUUUAAAUAAACCAUCCCAACAUCAGACUACGAGAAAUUGUUCAUUGGACGAUACUUUGUCUAGUUCAUCGAUCUAUGAAUCAGACGAAGCGUGUAGUUCAUCAUCACAACAUAAAAGUACUAGUGUAUCUGUGGACGAAGCAGUGUCAUUGCCAUUAGAAUUACCGGAAGCCAGUACGGAAACUGGUGUAGUUAAACAAAAACCAUUUAAAUUACCGAGUUUAAUUAAUUUGUACGAAGCAGCCGAGGCUCAACGCAUCGAGUUAGAAGCCAGUGCUAAUGCUUCUCUGGAAGUCGGUUCGUCGAAUCGAGAAGACGGAGCCCAGGCUUUAAAUUCGUACAGUAGUGAAGGAAGUAACUCUGAUACAGAGUCGCAACGUGCUGAUAUUCCACGCGGACAAGUUGCAAAAAAACGAGUAAGAAGUAUGGACGUUACGGGACUGCAAGAUCGUGUUGAGUAUUAUCAGCUGUGGCGUAGCACAGGAGGACAAUCUUCGCAACCAGAAUCAAUGUUAGACAAUGGUAUGUAUCCAAAUCCACCACCACUGCCUCCAAGAGCUGCUCAUAAAACUCUGCAUAGAAGCAAUGCCUUGCCUACGGCAACUCUUCCUACUCUAUCACGUAAACAUCUUCACAAGCAUUCCACUCCUUGUCGUCCGGAAGACUGCUUUGGUUUUGAAAUAGUUGAUGUCGAUGAAGCCGUUGCUUUAAAAACUCGAACUGCUGUUACCAAGAGCAUCGCACUGCUAAGCUCUCCGCGGCCUCACAGGCCACUAACAAGGCCCGAUCCCGGAGCAAGUAGCCAGCCAGAGUGUCCUCCUACGCCGACACACCGUCCGAAACCUUUGAGGCCUUUACCAAUGUGCCCUUCGAGCAAUCCAUCUCUCACAUCCGAGGAACCACUACCACCAUCUUGGGAAGCUCGAAUUGACAGUCACGGUCGUGUAUUUUAUAUCGACCACGUUAAUCGUACUACUACGUGGCAACGACCAGGGCAAACUCCGAGAAACACUGGCUGUGAAAUGCGUCGUCAGCAGCUUGACAGACGUUACCAAAGUGUACGUAGAACAAUAUCGCGACCUGAUAAUAUAGACCGUGAAGCUUCUGGUUCUUCAGCAUCUUCUUCUUCUGGCGCAGUGGGUAGUCAAUUAGAAAGCAAUGGUGAAAGACCGGCACCAGAGAGAAGCAACACUUCAGAACCUUUUGAUAUUGCUACUAUACCGCCUGUAUUAUUUUUAUCACGACCAGAUUUUUUCACAGUGCUUCACACGAAUAUGGACGCAAUGGAGCUCUACAACCGAAAUCCAAGCCUCAAGCAUAUGAUCAGUAAAAUACGGAGAGAUCCACUGGUGUUCCCGCGGUACGAACACAAUCGUGAUUUAGUGGCGUUAAUAAAUUUUUUUGCUGAUCCCACGAAAGAAUUGCCUCGUGGUUAUGAAUCAAAAUUAGAUAGAACAGCUAAGCGUUUUUUUAUAAGUCAUGCGAGAAAAGCUACAUCGUUUAUCGAUCCAAGGCUACCUACUGAAGCUACUUAUCCUCGAGCGCUACUCGAUGAAGCUCCUAUUCCACCACCGCGACCUCAGCAAUCAGGUAUUACGACUACACCUGAAAUCCCGGUCGCUUAUAACGAUAAAGUUGUUGCUUUUCUAAGACAACCGAAUAUAAUGGACAUUUUGAAAGAAAGACACGCAGCCUUGGGACAAAAUAUUGCUUUGAGAGAAAAAGUUAAUACUAUUAGAGUAGAAGGAUCUGCUGCUCUGCAAAGGUUGGGUCACGAUGUACCUUUAGCUUUGCUAUUAAGUUUAUUUGAGCAAGAAAUCAUGUCUUAUGUUCCGGGUAAUAUCGGAAGAUCACCCAUUGGUAGCCCUCAUGCAUCACCUGGUUUAACUCGAGCUUCUGCUCGUGCACCUGCACCUUAUCGUCGUGAUUUUGAGGCUAAACUACGUACAUUUUAUCGGAAACUUGAAAGUAAAGGAUUCGGUCAAGGUCCUGGUAAAUUGAAGUUACACAUCAGACGAGAAAAUCUUUUGGAAGAUGCAUUUACACGAAUAAUGGCUGCGUCGAAAAAGGAUUUACAAAAAGGAAAACUUGUGGUAAUAUUUGAUCAUGAAGAAGGUUUAGAUUACGGUGGACCAUCUCGAGAGUUCUUUUUUCACCUUUCUCGUGAACUUUUUAAUCCUUAUUACGGACUUUUCGAGUACUCUGCAAACGAUACGUACACUGUUCAAGUAUCGCCAAUGUCAGCAUUUGUCGACAAUUAUCACGACUGGUUUAGAUUUUCAGGAAGAGUUUUGGGCUUAGCUUUGGUACAUCAGUACUUACUUGACGCUUUUUUCACUAGGCCAUUCUAUAAAGCUUUGCUUCGAGUACCGGCAAGUUUAAGCGACUUGGAAAGUCUAGAUCAAGAAUUUCAUCAGAGUCUGAUGUGGAUUAAAGAACGUGAUAUAAGUAUUGAACCUCUUGAGUUGACGUUUUCCGUAACUGAAGAACUUUUGGGUCGUGUUGCUGAGCGUGAGCUUAAACCAGGUGGACGAAAUAUUACGGUGACGGAGAAAAAUAAAAAAGAAUAUCUUGAACGAGUUGUUAGAUGGCGAUUAGAACGAGGUGUUUCCGAACAAACAGAAUCGCUCGUUCGCGGUUUCUAUGAAGUAGUAGAUCCACGUUUAGUUUCUGUAUUUGACGCACGUGAGCUUGAGCUUGUUAUUGCCGGUGCAGCUGAGAUAGACUUAAAUGAUUGGAGAGCACACACUGAAUAUCGAAGUGGUUAUCAUGACGGUCAUCCAGUGGUUGAGUGGUUUUGGAGUAGCAUCAGUCGAUUUACCAAUGAACAACGUUUGAGAUUACUUCAAUUCGUCACGGGGACUUCUAGCAUUCCAUACGAGGGCUUUGCUGCUCUACGUGGUUCGACGGGACCAAGGAAAUUUUGUAUUGAAAAAUGGGGACGACCGAAUAGCUUACCCAGGUAA